AUGCUUUCCAUCAACCAGGGUCUCGUCUCGCUGGCUGUGGGUGCUGCAGUUGCCCAAGCUCAGCUCUGGGACAAAGUCAUUGAGACGAACUACGGCCCCGUCCAGGGAUAUAAGUACUUCAAUGAGUCAACUCUUGGGAAGUACUUUGAUAUCUCCGAGUCCAAUGUAACCGCUUUCUUGGGCAUCCCUUUCGCCGCAGACACUGGUUACCAAAACCGCUGGAAGCCUCCUCAGCCUCGCGAGAAAUGGAACACAACUUACAAAGCCACCUCAUGGGGUCACCCUUGCCCUAGCAACGGUGUCGGUAACAUCAGCGAGGACUGUCUCAACCUGAAUAUCUGGACCAAUGCUGGCACUGCCGAUGCCAAGCUGCCUGUCAUGGUCUGGAACCAGGGUUCUGAUGAGACGAGCGACAAUACCUGGUGGUAUGGUGGUGGCAUGGCUUUGAAGAACGUUAUUUUGAUCACUUUCAACCGUCGUGACGAUGCAUUCGGCUUCCUCGCUCAUCCCGAGCUUAACGAGGAGGGUUUCAAGGAGACCGGACACUACACUUCCGGCAACUACGGCAUCCUUGACCACCUGGAGGUUCUCAAGUGGGUGAAGAAGAACAUUGCCAACUUCGGUGGUGAUCCUGAUCGCGUUACUAUUGCCGGUCAAUCCUUCGGUUCCUCCCAGGUCUAUCACGCCGUGAAUAGUCCACUUUUCACCGGAUACCUCCACGGUGGUAUCUCUGAGUCCGGUAUUCGAUACCCUUACGAUCCUCUUCUGGCUGGUCUGGCUACCUCCUACGUUAACAUGUCUGCUGCCAUUCAGCACGGCGUGAACUACACUACCAAUCACAAUGCCUCAAGCAUCGCCGAGCUUCGCACCAAGUCCAUGGAGGAUCUAUUGAUAGGCUCCCAGGACCGUGUCAGUGAUGACUACAUUUGGUGGCCUGUUCUCGACGAUUACGUUCUGCCCAAGAAGUACAUGGAGACUCUUCUCACUGGUCCCGCCAACGACGUCCCUGUCAUUACGGGUAACACCAAGGAUGAGUCUGGCGCUUCCCCAAGCACCGAUUACACUGUCUCCGAGUACGAGCACUACUGCUCGCUGAAGUAUGGCAACCUGUCCAGCCAGUACUUCAAGCUCUAUCCCGAUCACAAAAAUCAGACCAUCGCUGACCGGGCCUGGAACGCUGCUGCUCGUGAUGCCAGUCUGGUUGGUUCGUGGGCUUAUGCUACCGAGUGGUACAAGGCUGCCAAUUCUGACUUCUACACCUAUUACUGGACCCAUGCCCCCCUGGCCAGGACCAAGUCGGAGAUCAUGUACGCCCUCAAUGCGCUCUAUGCCAACACGGAUACCUAUCCGUUCACCGGGAUCGACUACGAGAUCCAGGAGAAAAUGUCGUCCUACUGGGCCAACUUCGCCAAGACCUUGGACCCUAAUAAGGGUGGCUCAUAUACUGGCAAGGGUUCUCUACCCGAGUGGACUCCCAACAGCCCGAACGGCACCCAAGUUGUCAUGGAGCUUGGAAACUACUUUGGAAAUGUGCCAAUAGCCAAGAAGGCACAGGUCAAUUUCCUCAUGGACUGGUACAAGCAGCAGGGCCCUUACUGA